AGCCCCGAAGAAACCCCGAAGGCCCGAAGAGGAGCCGAAGCCGUGCCGAAGAAGCCCGUCCGGCCAGCUGGUCUCCCCGCCGUCCUGGGAAAGCAUGCUUGCCUCCGCCCUCCUGCGUUGAUUUUUCCCCGCCCUCCCCGGGAGCCGUCGAGGAGCCGGACCGACUUCCAAUGUGACUGCCGCUUCUCCCGUCCCUCCCCAGACAGUCCUCCGCCCCACCAAAGGAAUACCUUUGCCGCCGCUCUCCCAACUCGUUCUCAGGCCGGAACCCUUGCUUGAUGAACUUUAACUGAAUAUCCAACUUCUUCCCACCCUCGUUCUGCCUUUGGAGAUGGAGCCUAAAAUGAACAAACUCACCUUCGGGUGCCAGCGGAGCUCGACUUCGGAUGACGACUCCGGUUGUGCUCUGGAAGAAUAUUCCUGGGUACCACCAGGCCUCAGGCCGGAACAAGUGCAGUUGUACUUUGCCUGCUUGCCGGAAGAAAAGGUUCCCUACAUUAACAGUCCCGGAGAGAAACAUCGGAUUAAACAGCUUUUGUACCAGUUGCCACCACAUGACAAUGAGGUGAGGUACUGCCAGUCUCUGACGGAAGAAGAGAAGAAAGAAUUGCAAAUGUUCAGUGCUCAGCGUAAGAAAGAAGCACUUGGAAGAGGAACUAUUAAACUCCUCUCUAGAGCACUCAUGCAUGCCGUCUGUGAACAGUGUGGGAUGAAAAUCAACGGAGGGGAGAUUGCAGUGUUUGCCUCCCGAGCUGGACCCGGAGUGUGCUGGCACCCAUCCUGCUUUGUGUGUUUUACAUGUAACGAGCUGCUGGUCGACCUCAUCUAUUUUUAUCAGGAUGGAAAAAUCCAUUGUGGUAGGCACCACGCUGAACUGCUCAAACCGCGGUGCUCUGCGUGCGAUGAGAUCAUCUUUGCCGAUGAGUGCACAGAAGCUGAGGGUCGUCACUGGCACAUGAAACACUUCUGUUGUCUCGAAUGUGAAACGAUUCUCGGCGGACAGAGAUACAUCAUGAAGGAUGGACGCCCAUUCUGCUGUGGCUGUUUUGAAUCGCUCUAUGCAGAGUACUGUGAGUCCUGCGGAGAGCACAUAGGUGUGGACCACGCCCAGAUGACUUACGAUGGACAGCACUGGCACGCCACCGAAACCUGCUUUUCCUGCGCCCAGUGCCGAGCCUCUCUGCUGGGCUGUCCUUUCCUGCCCAAGCAGGGACAGAUUUACUGCUCGAAAACGUGCAGCCUGGGCGAAGACGUGCACGCCUCCGACUCCUCGGACUCGGCGUUCCAGUCGGCCCGCUCCCGGGACUCGCGGCGGAGCAUCCGCAUGGGGAAGAGCAGCCGGUCGGCCGACCAGUGCCGCCAGUCCCUGCUCCUGUCCCCCGCGCUCAACUACAAGUUCCCCGGCCUGUCGGAGAACGCGGACGACACCCUCUCGCGCAAGCUAGACGACCUGAGCCUCACCGGGCCAGGGACCGGUCUGGCCAACGAGGAGUUUUGGAAGGGCCGGGCGGAGCAGGAGAUGCCGGAGGAGCCCGAGGAGUGGGCGGAGCACGAGGACUACAUGACGCAGCUGCUGCUCAAGUUUGGCGAGAAGAGCCUCUUCCAGCAGCCCGGUGAAGGAGACCUCCGCCCCGGCGAGCCCUGGAGGGCCGAUAACGCGGUGAAGGGCAAGGCCGACCUGAAGAAGAAUAAUCAGAGCUUGGCGAGUAAAAAGUACCAGUCGGACAUGUACUGGACCCAGUCACAAGACGGGCUGGGCGAUUCGGCCUACGGGAGCCACCCCGGGCCCGCCAGCAGCAGAAAGCUCCAAGACCUGGAUCUGGAACACGGGGCGUCGGGAUUCAAUCCCGACCAGACUCAGUGGUAUGAAGAUUCGUUAGAGUGUCUGUCAGACUUGAAGCCAGAGCAGAGCGUCCGGGAUUCCAUGGAUUCCUUGGCCUUGUCCAAUAUCACAGGGGCUUCGGUGGAUGGAGAAGGCAAACCGAGGCCAUCUCUGUACUCUCUGCAAAACUUCCAGGAGCUAGAGGCUGAGGAUUGCGAGAAGAUGAGCAAUAUGGGGACCCUGAAUUCUUCCAUGCUCCACAGGAGCACAGAGUCCCUGAAGAGCCUAAGCUCCGAGCUGUGCCAAGAGAAGCUGCUGCCGACCGAAAAGCCGGUCCACCUCCCGGUGCUGCGGAGAUCCAAGUCCCAGUCUCGGCCCCAGCAGGUGAAGUUUUCGGACGAAGUCGUGGACAAGGGCAGCUACGACCACCUGGAGAUCCGCCAGGCGCCGCUGAGCGAGCGGACCCGCCGCCGGGCCUACCACCUGGAGGAGAGGGAGCCCCGCCCGCCUCACCAGCAGCACCACCGCCACCACCACCGCCGCCGGAGGAGCCGCAAAUCCCGCUCCGACAACGCCCUGAACCUGGUCGCCGACCGGCGGGCCUCCCCGAAACGCCGGCUUCGCCUCCUCUACUCUCCCGGUGACUACGAGAAGUUCCUCCAGAACAGGAGCGCGCGCGAGAUCCAAGCCUCCGUGCGGAAUUCGGAGCUGUACGGCCGGUACGCCCACGCGGCUUCCGACUACGCGCUGCAGAGCCAGGUGGCGGAUAGGUUCUUCGGACUCUACGGCGACGACGCCGACUCCUGGGGCUCGACGUCCUCGUCCUCGUCCGACUCGGAGGAGGAGGGCUACUUCCUCGGGCAGCCCAUCCCUCAGCUGCGGCCUCAGAGGUACACGUACUACGCGGACGACGUCUCCGGCCCCGCCGCCGCCCUGCCCAGCGCUCACUUCGGGCAAAGGACCACUAAAUCCAAGAAGAAAAAGGGCAAGAACUGUAUCAUCUCGUAACCCGCCCGGUCCGACUCGGCCGACGCCGUCAGUCCAAACCGCCGAUCUCCCGCCGGCUCCUCGGAGGCGUGGCGAAAGCGGACUCGAGGGCUUUCUCCGACGCGCGAGACCGGCCGACCGCCGUCCACGACGACCGGCCGACGUCGAUAAGGCGGAGUCCCUCCUGCCGGCGGGACGUGGUGGGUUUUGACUGACGGGAGCGCCGCGGCCGGGCUCGGUGGCCGCGCGCUCUUCCGUUCUCCAUCUUGUAAAGAAAACCGGAAAAGAUCGUCGUCUUGGGCUUCGAGGGGGCUCGGGUUUAAGUCGGAGCGGGAGGCCGCCCGCCUUUGUGAAACAAUAGUGUUUUUCGUUUAGCUAGCGUAGUUCGAGCCGGUCGAAACCCCCAUCGGUUUGUUUUCUCGUGAGGCAUGCAUGUAGCUCUUUCGGAAAUAGACAACUCUUUACGGUGUGUUGUGCGAGGCGCACGGGUGCCCUUUCAGAACUCAUUAGCCCAGUAACCUUGUAUUGUAUUAGCCGCAGCUAUGAACGGAAAAAAGCGUCGCUAUUUAUAAUGUAGUUCUUUCCUAGACUUUUAAGUGGAUUCCUAAUUUAACGGUGCAAAUACGAAUGUAUAUAGUGUACAGUCCAGAUUUAAAAACUGAUAUUUUUAUAUCCCCGAAUUACAAGUUUGCUACACUACCAAACUAGAUUUAUUAGGGGGUUAGUGGCGGCGGCAGCAGCAGCAGCGUUAUGGAUGAAAUGAUUGCUUGUACUUUAGGCAGGGUUUAUAAGUUUAGACGGUCAAAUUUAUAUUACGUAGCGAUGGAAAACUUAAUUUUUUUUGAUUUUUGACAUUUUAAAGCUCUGUAUGCAUGGUGGGGCUGUGUAAAUACUCUUUGAAACUAUGGCCCUAUUAAUCUUACAAGUGUUAUUUAUGGGUCAAAUAAUGUACACUGUAUAAAUGUAAAAACCAACCAACCAAAAAAAAUAAAAUAAACCCCUGGAAUAUAACAGUCAAAACAA